UAUUAUAAGUAAUAAACUUAAAAAUAAAAAAUAAUAUUCUAUUUAAAAUUUUUAUUUCUGUUCAUGUUGGAGGAAAACUCCUAAUCUAUAGCUAAAAACCGAUCAUCUCGUGUAUGGAGAGAAAGCCUUUGAUUAGAUCCUCAAAGUUUAGUAUGAACAAAGUUAUGGGUUUUUUUUUUGGUUAACAGAAGAUAAUAAAAUGUUUCAAAAAUUAAUUACUAUAUAUAUAUAUAUAUUUUUUAGAAAAUACACUACAUAGGAAGGAAUUACACAAACUAACAAAGUUUCAACUGAGAAUAUUUCAAAUAAGAGUGUCUGUACUCUGUAGGGUAUUGAUACAACUUUUUUUUUUGUUAUACAUCCACCACCAUUUCAUUCUCAUGUCAUAUAUGAUACUAGUUAAAUUCACACUACUUGACAUGUUUGCUAAGCAUCUAUUUAAAAAAUUAAGAAUAAUUUAGAAGGACAUAUAGAGAUGAGCAUAAUAAGAUAGUCAUUUUAAUUAACCAAAAAAAAAAAAGUCAGAUACUGUAUUGUUUAGUUUUAUUUUAUUACAGACAGAAAAAGCUUACCCAAAAAAACCGCAUAACGUUACAAUAAUUCAACAAUAUUAAAACAAAACAAGAAAUUGAGAGAAUAAAUACGAAAAAACUUUGAACGGCUCGAAGCUUAAACAAAAGACGAGAGAAAAAGAGCAAGAUUCAUCAAUGGAGCCUCCUCCUCCAGAAAGAUCGAAACGCCUCCAUAACUUCACCUUACCUUAUCUCCGCUGGGGUCAACAGAGAUUCCUCAGAUGCGUCAAUCUACCUUCGCAUCAUCUUCCUUCUUCUUCUUCCUCUCCUUCUCCAGAUCACGCAGCCAACAGAUCCGUCGUAGCGGCGGCUCGGCCGUGGAAUCUGAGGACGAGAAGAGCUGCAUGUAGUGAACCUGGAGACGAAUCUCCGGCGAAGAUCGAAAUCGGCGUGAAGAGAGGUUUGGAUGUAGAAGAAAUGGAGAAGGAUGAGAAACUGAAAUUCUCGGUUUCGUUGUUGAAGAAAGAGAUCGAAGAGGAUUUUUCGAAUAUGAUUGGGAAAAGACUUCCAAGGAGACCUAAGAAGAGACCACGAACUGUUCAGAAGAAACUCAAUACGAUUUUUCCUGGAUUGUGGUUGUCCGAAGAAGUAACGAUAGAUUCAUAUGACGUCCCUGAAGCUCUUGAAACGUGAUAAAGGUGUUAUAACUUCUUUUGUUUUAUCUGUUCUUGAGACAUUCUCAAGUUGUCAUUGUAAGCGAUGGAAAGUGUAGCGAUUGUCCGUGAAGAAGAUUGUAGUUUAGAAGAUUGUAGUAUUGGUAUUCAUCACCAGUCUAGUUGUAAUCUCCCAGCUGUUUGUUUUUUGUAAUUUCUGGUUUCUUGAGUAUGUUUUAUGACUCGGUUCAAGAACUUGCUACUCGUUUCGCCGAUAGUUACAUUUGAAAACAUUUGUCAAGUGUUGGACAGGUUUCUCUGUACAGACACUUCAAAUGUCUAAUGUUUUUUAAGGUGGUUACUUUCUCUCU